AUGGACAGCGCGGCCACAAACACGGCGGCCGACGCGACCAUAACCACCAAGCCGGCUCUUGCAGCGCGAUCGACUCUACCAACAACCAAUCUCGGCGCUCUCACAACAACCUUUACGCCGGCUGACGAUUGCAUGUCUCUAACAAACCGGUACUUUAACUCGGAGAAGCCAGGAACCUACUACUACAACUACGGCUUCACCUGCAAUGUCAACGGGGUAAACGGCCCCAUCUUCGGUCCCAUGGCGAAGCCCACCUGUUUCCCCGAGUCGUUUGCCUCGGCAUUUACCUGCGAAUUCGAACUCUCGGACAUGGUGACGCCUUAUCCCGUGUACUCGCCGGGGCUGAUGUGCCCACACGGCUACGGACCGAGCUGCACAAUCUCCCAGCCAGCGGGCACAGCUUCCGACGCCGCCAAUGCGACUUCGAGUCCGAAUCUGGCCGAAAGGAAAAUCCAGAGUAUGCUUAAAGCCGGGGAGACGGCAAUUGGCUGCUGCCCGAGGUAA